GAGAGAGAGAGAGAGAGAGAGAAUGGCCGACGACCUGUUUGAAGGUUUACCUCCUCCUUCUGCAAACCCUCUUCCCUCUUCAGAACCUCAAGAACAGCACAAAGAACCCAAACUCAAACCAAAGUUCGCUUCUUUUUCCACAGACUCUUCUUCUUCUUCUUCUUCACCUUCUCCUUCUCAAGCUCCACAACCAGUUCUGAAAAGCGCGUUGAAGAAGCCUAAGCAGCCAUCUGAGCCAACCCCAGCUCUCAAAAGCGCCCUCAAGCGGCCCAAUGAAGCCUCUGAGCUAAACCCAGAAGCCACUGUGCCUGGAAAGAAGUUGAGGUUUAAAACCAUGACAGAUGCCUCAGAGCAACAGGUUAUAGAGGCCAUGCAGAAGAUAGCUUCACAUAUAAAGAAUCCUACGAAGUUUUCGAAGGCUUCAAAGCUUGCCAUACAGCUGAUUCAGGCCGGAAGUGUCAAGGCCGAAACUAGUGAUUACUUCUUUUACAUAUUAGAAGCCGCAAUGACAGCAUCUACCUCUUGCACAGAUCCUUCCAUACGAACAGAUAUCCAUGCUCUGUUCUCAGCAGCACAAGAUGCCUCUGAGUGUCUCAAUAAGAAGCAAAAGAAUCAGUUAACAACAUGGACGAUCAGAGCUGUGAUGGCAAAUGAUUUACUUACUGAUGACAGCUUCAUGUUUUCAAAAACAGCUCGACAAUUACAAGAAGCAAUAUCUAAUUUGCCAGUUGCAACUGAGGAUGAUGACAGAGAGGAAGCAGCUGCCCUUGAAGAGGAAAUUAAAACAACAGAUGAGGAUAAUUUAGGGAAGGACAUGACUUCAGAUAUACUGGAUGAAGAAGAUGAUGUGACGGAGUCUGAUCCAUUUGGGCUUGAGGCAUUUUUAGCUCCAAAAGCAGUGAAGAAAGGAGAUAGAGUAAAGGGAAAGAAAGCUGUAACUCUCAAAGUGUGGGAGGGGGAAGAGACCAAGAUAUUCCUCAAGUCACAGAGAGAAGCCUUGGUCCUUUGUUUAGAGAUAGCUGCUCGGCGUUAUAAAACUCCAUGGUGCCAGACAGUUAUAGACAUAUUAGCAAAGCAUGCUUUUGAUAACAUACGGAGGUUCACAUCUAAACAAAGGAACGCCAUAGAGAAACUCUGGGCUUCCAUACGGGAACAACAUAAUCGUAGAAAACAAGGAAAAACAGUUACUGGGAAACUUGAUGUGAACAGUUUCGAAUGGCUGCAGGAAAAAUAUGCUAAUGAGAAGAUCAGCAUUCGGCAUUCUGUGGGCGGUAGUGGGGGUCGUAAAACUGAAAUGUGGCUUGGUUGAUAACAUCCUGUUGGUACAAAUGUUUCUCAUUCUCUGUUUUGUAGGGAAGUCUUCUUACAGGAAGUAAAACGGACUGAGAAAUAUGGUAAUUGAUAUCUUUAAACGUAAGAAUCAUUUGCAGUGUAGGAUGCUUCAUCAUUAUGCCACAUGUUUUUAGUUAAAAACGAAUUUCUGGCCAAAACUUCACCUUUGUUUCAUAUGAUUAUAAAUUUGAAAUCUUGAGGUUA